AUGGCGCCCAAGAAGCGGACCCUCGAGGUGCCGACGGUCAUUCCAGAGGAGCUCGAGAAGGCGAAGGCACUGCUGAGGGACGCCGACGAGGCGAAGCGGGCUCGCUCGUCAAUGACGUAUUUUCUCGAGUCGCAGGGGCAGAAGCGCAAGUACGACGGGUGGCCCGUUGCCAAACGCAGGGAGUUCUUCCAGGCUUUCUUCGCGGAUAAGCUCGCGAAGGGAGGUACUUCGAAGACCGCCAAGUCGAGCAUCCUGAGUACGAAGAACAAGAACACGACUGUGUGGUGGAGCCUUUCGAAGAUGAUCGCAGAGUUCGGCGAGCAGAAGGCCAAGGAGAAGGCCGAGUUGUUCGACAAGGAUGAGAAGAUGCAUCGCCCCGACAAGGAUACAGGCAAGGACGGGCAAUGGAGCAGGGAGUACCGCAUCGUCCUGGACAGCCACGAAGAGGGCGACGAGGAGCUAGACAUUCAGGAGGUCAACGCCGAGGAGAGCCUCGACACCGUGGAGACGCAGAAGGAGGCGGUGGACACCCUCAGGGACAUGCAGUCGUGCAAUGGCGCGGGCUCGUCGGCUUCUGGCACUGACGCCCCGCUGGCGAAAGUGAAGGAGGAGCCCGCGGAGAAGCCUGAAGCGAAGCCCGAGGAGAGCGCAACCUUCAAGGCCCUGCAGACCGAGGGGAGGAAGGUCGUGUGGAACGUCGGGAAGGCGCUGACCCAGGCAAAGCAUAUGUUCCUGGCGACCAAGGGCGGGAAGUUUGUCGGCGAGCUCAACAAGGAGAUCGGCCUGAACGUCAAGCAGCUCACGGAGGUCUUCAAGCUGGCCGAGGACAGCGUGUUGGAGGAUAGAGAGAAAGCAGAACUCUUGGCGGUGAGCGUGAAGAUCGACGAAGCCUUCGAUGCACUGAACGAGAACGUCGAGUGGUUCAACAAGUUUUUUGCAAAGGAGGGCCAGCAGAGGAAGGCGCCUCGAGGAAUUCGACACCGCCUCGCGCCCGAGCGGCGCGACGCCGCGGCCAGCGGAGCUGCGCAGGCCGUGCACGGGGGCAUCAAGCGCCGCAUGGAUACCGCAGAACACGACGAGAUCGAAGAGACGCCGUUCAACGACCUCUUGCGGAGGAGAUGGGCCAAGGGAACCCUCAGCAGCCCCGACGUCAUCCAGUUCGCGAAGGCCGCAGCCGCUCAGGGAGCGCAGCAUGUCGGCGCCUACGCUGGCCGCUCCAACCUGCAGGCCAAGCACGCGUUCAGAGAAGUAUGCCGUGCCAUUGGCACGCCAAUUGGAGCUCCGAGGAUAAGCUGGGUUGAGUUGAAGAGCAGCAACGGCGACGUGACUUUCCACCCGUUCGUCGACCCGAUCGACACUCUGGAGGCAUGGCACGCGAAGGGGCCCCUGGUGUUCGCACAGCGCCUCGCUGGCGAAGACGGCGAGACCGCCAAGUUCUGGCAUGGCCUUCGGGACCACGUGACCUACAAGUCCAACGCUUCGCGCAUCUCGUCCACCACGAUACCUUUGGGUUUCCACGGGGAUGGCGCCCCGACGACAAAAUCAGAAGGUCUGUUCACGCUGCAGUUCAACGGUUUGCUGGGCCAUGGCAGCACGGUUUCUACGAGAGACGUCAUUACUGUGUUCAAGAAAUCUGAGCUCGACGUAGACAUGUUUGAACAGCUGGUGGACCGACUUGCAUGGAGUUUCAACGCGUUGCUCACUGGGGUGAUGCCAGAUGUUCAACACAAUGGCUUGCCACACCCCGAAGCUGGUAGAAAACUGUGCAGUGGGCGAACGUUCGCCGCAAUUCAAAUGCGAGGCGAUUGGGAAUACUAUGCUGGCUUCUUGUAUCUCAACAGGUGGAACAACGCAGAGUGCUGUUACUUGUGCGGCGCCACCCUCGGCGACGGCAGCAUGUGCUACACUCGCGCUGAUAUGGCCGCUGGUUGGAGAGCCACAAUGGCCACGCACAACAGCCACCUCCUGAGAUGCGUGCGCGGCGAUGUGAGACUCAGCAGCUUCUUCAAAAUCAAGUCAUUCAGAUUUGAAGGCAUCAUGGUGGACGUUCUUCACUCGCUGGACCUCGGCGUGGCGCGCCAUCUCAUAGCAAACGUGUUCGUGGAGAUACUGCAGCUUGGGCAGUGGGGGGCUAGCAGGGAGUCCCAGAUGAAGGGGCUCCAGGCCGACAUCGCGCACUGGUGCAAGGCCCACGUGGACGCGCACAAGCUGCAGGGCAAGCUGAUCUUCACCAGGCUUCGCACCCAGGCCGAGUGGCCGAAGCUGAAGGCUUUGCUGGCGGACGGCGUCGACCCUAAAUUGGUGGAGCGCUUGACCAGGCUGGGCGUGAUGGAACGGCACAUCGGGGUGCAGGGCGAGCCGCAGAUCGCUUCGCACAGCUCCAGCGGCGGAUCGGAGCGCAAGUGCCGCUGCAGCGGAGCUGCAGACUUCCACCAUUACGCAAGGCUCGGAGGCAACGCCAGGCGAGGACAGGCGAACGGGUCGCAGCUCUUCGGGGCCCGCUACACUGGCCUCCUCUUCGAGGAGAUCAUACCCUACGCGCUGGCCCCCCGCCCCGGAUUCUGCGCGCCGGUCAGCUCCUUCACGAUCCUCUGGGGCAUCGUGCUGGGCUUCGUGCUGCUGCGGCUGCAGGACGGGGGCGGCCCCGCCCCGCCCGCGCCCGACGGGGUGAUUGCCAUUUUAGCGAGGCAAAGGGCCUUCCGUGUCCUCAACGUCUCCAAGCUGCAAGGCCGCGAGUCGGGAACCAAUGCUCAGGAUCGUGAUCGUCCCGUUCCGCUCCGCUCCAGCACGAGGAUGCCGGUCGACCCGUCCGCAGUCGCCUGUGCCUUCUCCAUCGGCUCAUUCUGCCUGCUGGCCCGCUCCGCGCCGCCGGCGCCCAUCUGCGGUUGCCAGUGCGACUGCGGGUCGCCUGGCUGGUCCACCGCCCAGCUGCUCGCCGUCGCGGCGGGGCAGCUUGUGACGGGCUGGUUCGCGGCCCGCUGGUGGGCGCCACCGAGGCCGGCGUCGCCGCUCGUGGUGGCCGCAGGGCUGGAAGGGGUCAAGCAGCUGACGCUGCCGGCGGGGGCUCGCGGCCGGCGCUUCUGGGCCCUGUUCGACGCGUCGGAGGGGGUCUGGCACGAGCGCCUGGUGCUGCGGCGCACCGUCGGGGGCCACGUGGUGCUCACGCCCGACGGCGACGUCUAUGAGGAACUGCUGGAGGACUACGAGGCUGCUCUGCCUAGUGGUGUGGCUGGCGGCAUCCCGAGCCGGCUCUACGGGCCGAAGAUCUUCCGCUACGCCUUCCGUCCGGGGGACAUCGCUCACGGCAGCGCCUUCCGGCGGAGAGCCGAGGCCUACCUGGCUGGCUGGGCUGGCGCGCCUCCGGCGGCCGAGGGAGGAGGGCGGGUGCCCGCGCCCCUUGCUGACGCUGGCGCGAUGUCCGCCCCCGCGCGUGGCGCGCUGGUGCCAGCCGCCGACGUCGACCCAGGCUUCUAUGACCCCGGCGCGCUGGUGGCGCACGCCUGCCUCGUGGGCUCCGAGUGGUUUGUCGGCGAGAACCAGGGUCCCCGCCGACGCGGGGAGAGCAUCACCAUCCGCCAUUCGGACCUCGCAUUCGGCGUCGCGGGCCAGGCCCUGCUGUGCCGGGAGGGAGUCUGGUACCGCCUCUGCCGCGACCCGCCGACGCCGUUGCCAGCUGGCGAGGGCGAGGCAGCCGCGGCGGAGGACCUCCGCACGCUGGCUGUCGAGUACAACGUGCGCGGCGAGCGCACGCGCAGCUUCGAGUCAGCUCGUCACCUGCUGCGCGAGGAGGUCCUGGACGACGCCUGGCCCGUGGAGGGCCCGCGCACGGUGCAGUGGCUCAUCGAGGCCUUUGCCCACAGCGGCAUGGCCCGCGUGCCCCGCCAUCACUGGUGGAGACAGGCGCUGGGGGCGACCACGUCGGACCCGGGGAUCGACGAGCACCUCUUCCUCUCGGAGUGCAUCCAGCAUGGGCUGCAGUAUGACCAGCUCAACAUCUGCAACCUGGCCUGCUUCGAGAGCAUGGCCCGCCGCUACCAGCUCUGGGAGGAGCGGUACCAGGAGCGCAUCCGCGCCUCCACGGAGGGAUCGGUGGCGGCGGGCCUCGCGGCUGAGAGGCACUUGUUCCUCGGCGGCGACCGCGCCAAGGGCUGCGCCCUCAUCUCGCCCGAGCUGGAGCGCUGGGUGGCGAAGCGCAUGGAGGAGCAGGCCGCCGUGCUCAAGGAGCGCCGCAAGGGCCGUGAGGAACGGGCUCUGGCGGCGGCGGCCACGGGCGGCGGCGGCGGCGGCGGCGGAGCUGGCCAGCCGCUCGGCGCCGACCACAAGAAGAAGCUCAAGGACAACAAGAAGGGCAAGGACUGGCAGACUGGCACCCCGGGCGCUGGUCUUGCGGCAGAUCCCAGGGACCUGCUGCCGCUGCCAGCGCCCACCUCGCCUGUGCUGCGUCAAGGAGAUGCGCUGGGCUUGGAGUGGUUCUCGGCUGGGCUGCAGACCCUCAAUGAGAUGGGAGGGCGCGGUGCUGUUCGACGGCCUGGAGCAGCCUCUGGGCCUCAGACUGACGCGCUGGAGCGGCUUCGCAGCUCCUAUGCCACCGUGCCCAGCUGCCCGUCGGACCUGACCGCCGACUCGGCCACUCGCGCCGUGAUCGGCUCCGAUCCUGGCUAUGGCUUCGAUGACAUGGCCAGCGGGAAGUACGCCUCCUACCAGCGCGGGAAGGUCUCUCUUCCGCGCGUGGCCUCUGGCGCGGUGGAGCUAGCUGCUGCACUACCAGAGGGUCCACGUUCUCUGCUGAUGGGUGAGUCUGGCACUUUGCUGAUGAGAGGCUCCACAUCUUCUUCUUCGUUGGCGAAAUUGGCUUUUGACCGAAGGCUGGCAAGCAAUCCUCGCACUUAUGGGAAGUUUUUGGCUGACCUUCUCGAGCGUGACAUGCUCGAGGUGGGCACUUCGUUUUCACAGGUGGCGCCCUUCUUCGUCUACAAGAAGGAUGGGACCCUCAGGCUGAUCUUCGACACAAGGGCCUCCAACACCGAGUUCGCGGAGCCCGACUACGUCCCACUGGCGGCGGCGCAGGCCCUCGGCAACAUCGAGCUGCAGGCGGGGGAGCGCCUCUUCGUCGCGCAGGGCGACGUCACGUGCUGCUUCUACCAGUUCUUGCUGCCAGUGCACCUGCGUGAGGCCUUUGGCCUACCGCCUGUGCCCUGGGCCGCACUGCCGCUUGCCGCUCGUCGGCUCGUUGGGGCGCCACCGCCGGACGGCUUGGUGCGCCUGCGCCUGAGAGUGGUGCCGAUGGGCUGGUCAUGGGCGGUCUACUUCAUACAGCAUGCCAUGAUGGAGAUACUUCGCCCCUGUGCCCCGGCGGACCGCUGGUUGGCCCAGUACGUGCCUCGCGAGCCCGUCUGCCCUGGCUCGGGGGCCUCUCUCAUCUACAUCGACAACUUCGCGGCACUUGGCACGAGCCCCACGGAGGCGAACGCUCGCCUGGAGCAGAUGCUGGGCGCCGUGGCGGCCGCUGGAGUGGACGCCGCGCCAGAGCCUGCUGGCGCCCCGCUGCUCGGGUUCGAGCUGGACCCGUCGGGCACGCAGUGGCGGCCUACGGCGAGGAAGUUUUGGAAGGUAGCGCUGGCCCUCCGCACGUUGGGUUGGGGCCGUCAGCGCCGCACAGGGCGCCAGAUUGCCCGGGCCGUCGGCCACGCCUCGGCCAUCAUGCUGCUGCGGCCCGAGAUGCUGUCCAUCUUUUCGGCCGUGUACGUCUUCGCCGACCGCUACUUCGGGCAGCCGGCGCGCGUGUGGGCCUCAGUGCGGCGCGAGCUUCGAGCUGCCUGGGCGCUGCUGCCGCUCGCCGUCGCCGACAUGAGCCUACCCUGGUCGCCCGCCGUCGCCUCGGUCGACGCCUCGCUGCAUGGCUUCGGCGUCACCGAGAAGGCCUGGCCCCCCGCUGAGGUGGGCCGCGUCGGCCGCGCCUCAGAGCGGGGACGGUACCGUGGGGCGCUGCGCACCUCCCGCCGCCCGCGCUGCCUGGUCGAGGGUGAGGAGGCUGAGCCCUCGCUGAGCGACAUUGUCGACGCCUCGCCCGAGCAGCUGCGUGCGCUGGGGCUGCGCUCCGCCUUCGAGGAGGUGCCGUCGGCCCUGGCGCGCGGGGGCGACUGGGGCGUGGUGGCCGCGCGCCGCUGGAGGCGCAAGGACAAGAUCCUUGCGCUCGAGGCGGAGGCAGCCUUGUGGCAGGUUCGGCGGCUGGCCCGCAGCCGCCUGAGCGCCCAGAAGCGGCACUUAGUUUUGUCGGACUCUAUGGCCUGGGUCCUCACCGCGUGCAAGGGGCGGAGCUCGUCGUGGUACCUGCUGCGGAGGCGCGGCUUCACGGGCCAGCGGGCGCUGCUGGGCUUCGCGAGCAGCUCGCGGCGGGGCGCUCCAAGCGGCGGGCCUUUGCGGGGCCCUUCGCCGCGGGGCUCCCUGGGCCCGAGCCCGCUGCUCUGCAGGGUGCUGGCACCGGCGGCGAACCUGAGUCCGAGCCGGGCCCCGCCUGCCCCGAGUCGGGUGCUGCGCCCUUUGGUGGCGCCGGAGACGGGGGGCGGCGUGGCGCUCGGGAGGCCGCGGCCAGAGGGCAUUGCUCUGCCUCGCCGCCACGCCUGCCCUGCCAGACCGCCCCCUCUGCAGCCUGCGCCGGCCUCGGGCCGGCUGCCCUGCCGCGCGCUGGCUGCUGCUGGCCCCCUGGGCUUGACCCGCCACCCUGCGCCGGGCCGCCUGGUCCCCUACCGCGGGGAGUCUGGCUCGGCGCGCCGGCGGCGCCGCGAGACGGCGCGGCGGCGCCCGGGCUCAUCGCUGCACUCGGCCGCCCGCAGUGCGGAGGAGGCGGAGGAGCUGGGGUUCCACAUCACCUCCCUGGCUGCCGCGGCCGUGACGACGGCCACGCAGAGCAACUACCUGAACGCCCUGCGCAAGCUGCUGGCGUGGCUGCACGUGCCCAGUGCCCCUCAGCGCCUCCCUGCAAGCGAGUGGGACCUGUUGCUGGAGCAGUACGUGGAGUUCCUGCACGACCGCGGGCUGCCCGAAGGGGAUGCCUCCAGCACGCUGGCCGCAGUGCGCUGGGCGCUGCCCGAGCUGCCGCGCCCGCUGCGCCGGGGCUUGCCGCUGGCGACUGCUGCGGUCACUGGGUGGCGCCGGCUCGAGAAGCCGCUGUCGCGCCCACCAGUCCCUCGGUCGCUGGCUGUGCUGAUGGCCCUGCGACUCUGCUCCGACGGCAAGGCGGACUACGCGCUGUUCCUGCUGUUGACGUUCGAGACGUACAUGCGGCCGAGCGAGGCGCUCAGCCUCGUCGGCCUACAGCUGGUGCCGCCCGUGCCGAACGAGAGGGGGGCCUGCCAGUUCUGGACCAUCCUGAUCCGCGCGAGCGAGCUAGACGUGCUUGGCAAGACCGGCGAGUUCGACACCAGCGUCGCCCUGGACCUGCCGCGCCACCGCCUGCUGGAGUCGGCGCUGCGCCUUCUGAAGGCCAACAGGGGGGAGCGGGAGCGGCUCUUUUUGUUCCACUACACCGACUUCCUCCUGGCCUGGAACAGCUGUCUCCUCGGCUUGGGCCUGGCGCAGCUGAAGGUGACGCCGUACUCCCUGCGUCAUGCUACCAUGCUGAAGCACAGCGUCUUCGUUGACCUCUUUGCUGGCACUGCGCCGGUGAGCAAAUACCUUCGCCGCAAGGGCUACGCCUGCAUAGCCUUCGACAAGCUGCUGGGGCCGCAGUUCGACCUCUGCCGGCGCGAGGUGGUGCUCACCAUUGCUGGCUGGCUUCGUGCAGGCCGCAUGCCGGGCGGCCGCCGCGGCAAGCCGCCGGCUGGGGGCGGCCCCGCCGUGUCGCCGCAGCUGGGGAAGGCGCUGCUGGCCGCGUGCCGGGCUGCUGGGAUGCCUGGGCUGGGGGGCCUACGGGCCCGCAUCGCCGCCUUCCAGCCGUUCCCGGAAUGCGCCGCCACCGUGGUGCAGUUGGAGGCGGAGGCGGCAGCCAUUGUGGAAGCAGAGCGGGCUGCCCGGCCGCUCGAGCGCAGGCUGCAGUCGGCGGUGGACUCCCUGCGCACGCGGUCCGCGGCGGCCCAGAAGGCGCGGCAGGCCGCCCUGGACGCGCAGGAGGUGGCCGAUCAGGCUGUCCAGGCUGCCGCGGCGAUGGAGGCCCAGGCGGUGCACGCCGAGGCCGAGGAGGCGGCCGCCCAGCAGGCGCUGGUGGCGGUGCAGGCCGAGGCCGCCGCUGGAGGAGCCGCUGCGCCCGCAGGCGGGCCCAGCGCGCCUGGGGGAGGGCUCGAUGCGGCCUUCGAGGCGAUGGCGGCCGCGGCGUCCCCCGCCGCACAGGCCGCGGUGGUCGCUCUGCUGGCGCAGCUUCGCGGGGUGUUGGCGGCGCCGCCAGGUGGCGCAGGGCUUGUUGGGCCUGCCGGUGGUGCGGUGGCGGCGGCAGGCCCAGGCGGCGAAUCAGGGCUGCACGGAGGCGCGGCGGCUGCGGCGCCGGCCGAUGCGCGCAUGCCUGCCGCCGAUGCUCCUGGGGAGGCCGGACCUCCGCCGGCUCCGCUCGGCAGCGGCAGGCGGCGCGCGGCCUCCGCAGGCGCGAGGGCUGCGCGAUGGUACUCCCCGCUCCGGGCGGGGUCCGAAGACGGCGACCGCUCCCGUUCCACGGACCGCGGAGGCUCCCCAGAGGCCCGCAUUCCGCUCUUCGCCCAGCCCGCGCACCUGCCGGGCGUGCAGGUGAGUGGUGCCGUGGAGGACCCGAAUAGCCCAAGUGCAAGCUGCGGAUGUGCCGCGGGGCUGCUGCUGGCCGCCGCCCGGGCCGCCACCCGCAUGAGGUUGCCGGGCGAGGCUCCCGGCAACCGCCCGGGCCGCGAUCGCACGAGUGCGAGCUGCGGAUGCGUCGCGGGGCUGCUGGCGCUGCUCCGGCCCCUCCGGGAUCCCAGGCUGCUGAGCCCUUGGAGGGGGGUCAGGGUCGGGGAGGCGCGGCGCCCUGGCCCAGGCCGCACGGUCAAGGCGCUCGUGGCCAAUGUGACUCGCUGGAGCGCGAGCUGGCGCGGCGCGCUGGCAGCGCAGGCCGUCGUGCGGUGCGUGCAGGAGGCCCGCAUUCCGAAGCUGGAGGCGGCGGCGGCGGCCGCUGCAGCGCGUGGCCGCGGGAUGCGGCUGCACCUGGGCCCAGAGCAGGAUGGCGAGCACCUCCUGGCUGCCGCACACGCGCCCGGCAGUUGUUCAGCCCGGGCCGAGGCCAUGUCGGGCCUCUCUGGCCGGCACCCGGGCCGCUUCCAGCACCUGGCACUUCACCUAGGAGGGAAUCGUGCCGCCCACCUCCUCAACGUCUAUGGGUACGCUGGAGGGCGGACCGACCGGGAGCGCAACGCCGACCUGAUCCUGGAGGGCCUCGAGUGGCUCCGGGGCCUAGGCGGGGCGCCCGCGCUGCUGGUAGGCGACCUGAAUUGCAACGUCGCCGAGUCGGGCCUGGAGGGCCUGCUGGGCAUGGCCGGGUGGCGGGACCUCCUGGCGGCGGCUGGCCCUACGUGCAUCCCCUCCGAUGGGGCCCCAUCGAGGCUGGACUACGUGCUGGCGAAUCCGGAGGCGUUGGGGCUCGUCGACCGGGUCGGCAUCCGGCGGGACUGGCGUCUCGACGGCGAUGCCAUUGAGGGCUGGGGGGCGCGGGAGGCCCGGGAGGCCGCCGCCACGGUGGUCGCUGGCUUCGGCACGCCCUUCCACGGCGCGCUGGGGCGGCACGACGUCGAGGCGGCAUGGCAGUCGCUCCGCUCGGCCAUGGUCGCGGUGUCCACGCUGAUGGCGCUGCGGCAGGCCGACGCCGACCAUGCGGUCUGGCGGGCGGCGCUGGCAGACCUGCGACUGGACGUGGAGCUCCCGGCCACCUUGCUGGAGCAUGCGGAGGCCGAGUGGCGUGCCGCCCAGGCGGCAGCGCGAUCCCAGCGCAGGCAGGAAUGGCGCCGCUGGGCCCAAGAGAGUUUGGCCAACGCGCAGGGCCGUCUCUAUCGAUGGAUCCGAGGCGGGUCGAUUCUCGAGGCAGAUUUGGUGCCCGACCCGGCGGCUGGCGCGGCGGCCGCAGCAGCCGGAAGCCGGAGCUGGCUCCUGGCGCUCCGUGGCGGCCCAGCGGCGCGCCUCCGCCACUUCGAAGGGCCGUGGCGCGCACUCUGGCAGCGGCAGUCGGCGCCGCCGCUGGGCGAGGAGUGGCUUCAGGCUUUGGAUGGCCUCCCAGCGUUCCCCGAGCGGGUGCCCUGGACGGCGGAGACGGCGUCCUCGCUGCUUCGCCGCGUGCCUCGGCGGAAGAAGCCGGGUCUAGACGGGUGGACCGUGAAGGAGCUUCGAUUGCUGCCUCCGGAGCUGCACGGGUGGAUCGCCGAGCUGUUCGAGGAGAUCGAGGCCUGCGGGAGCUGGCCUAGCGAGCUGGUGGAGCCGGAGGGCCUCCUGCUCCCGAAGCCCGGGGGUGGCGCAGACCCCAUGGACAGGCGCCCGAUAUGGCUCCUGCCCAUCUUGUACCGCAUGUGGGCGGCAGGCAGGGCCCGCCUGUUCGCUCGGUGGCGCCUACGGUGGGCCGGCGAGGAGGUCCAGCGAGGAGCAGAGGAGCUGGCCUGGGAGCUCGCGCUGGAGCUGGAGGGGUAUGGCUUCAUACACUUCCCGGACGGCAGGCGUGCCUACGUUCACAAGGACGCGUUUGAUUCGGUCCGUCAUAUCCCGUCCGCUGUCGGCAACGGGAGCCUCCAGAAGGGCGAGGCUGUUAUCGUUGGGCAAGUCGUGGCGGACGAGAAGAACUACGGCAAGUUGGCGGCGCAGAACGUGGUGUCGGCACCGCAGGCUGGCGGCGACCUGGCCGGGUUGGUCGCCGCGCUGACGCCCGCCCUCGCCGGCUCCCCGGUGGCGCCCGCCAGCGGCGCGGCGGCCGCAGACCAAGUGGCCCGACUGCUCGGAGCAGCCCUGGCGGAUGGCGGCGAGCGGCUGGAGGGCGUCGUCACGGCCUGGAGGCCGGACGGCUUCGGCUUCGUGCAGGUUUCCGACGGACGGCGCGCUUCUGUUCACAGGUCCGCCUGCGGCGGCGCCGACCUGAGCCUCGGUGAAAGCGUCACCGUGACGGUCGUGCCGGACUCGCAGAACGACGGGAGGUGGGCGGUGUCGAGCGCGACGAGGAGCCCACCGCCCCCGCCCCCGCCCACGGAGCCGGGCGCGCCCUACGCGAUGCCCCAGGCGACCGGCGACCCCACCGAGGCCCGGCUUCAGGCCGUGGUCACCGAGUGGAGGAGCCAGGGCUACGGCUUCGUGCAGGUUGAGGACGGACGGCGGGCGUACGUCCACAAGAACAAUUGCGGGGGUAGCCACCUGCAGGAGGCGGAGAGCAUAAGCUGCGUGGUCCUGCCGGACGAGCGGAACCCCGGCAAGUGGGAGGCCAAGUCGGUGCUGAGAUUGGGGCACGCAGGCGAGGCGGGCAGCGGGGCGCUGGUCGACGCCCUGGCCAAGGCGCUCGAGCCCGGCCUCGCAGCGCUCCUCGGCGCCGCGGCCGGGGCCGACGGGCGCCUGGAGGGCAUCUGCGUCGAGUGGAGGGACUCUGGGUAUGGCUUCAUUCAGGUGUCUGACGGAAGACGGGCCUACGUGCACCGCUCCAUGAUCAGAGAUGGCCAGCCCCUGCAGGUCGGCGAGGCCGUCACGGCCAGCAUCGUGCCGGACACCGCGAACCAGGGCAAGUGGGCCGCAGAUGAUGUUGAGCGGACCACGCUGACUGCUUCGUCGUACGCCACCAUAGCAUCUAUGCAGGCGUCGGCGAAGCCCGUCGACUACGUUCCGUCCCCGGACGCGGAGCGGAUAGAGGGCGUGGUGACGGAGUGGAGGAGCGCGGGCUACGGCUUCAUCACGGUC